GCGAGCCCGAGCAGCUGCUAGUUGCUAGUAAUAGCGCCCGCCUGGCCUGGCGUCUCGCCUCUGCUUCACGAGCAUUUGCGAAUGUGUGUCCCCGCAGCUAACCAAGGAAACACGGACUACACUGAGCCGCUGUCGACCCCUUCUCAGCUUGUACGUCGUUCUACCGGCGGUGAAGUCAAGGAUAUUUCUUCCGAGGUCCCCACAUUUCAAGAGAAGACGAAAGCCCUAUUUGGAAAUCUUAUGGACGAAGAAAUGAGUCGCCAGACUGCCACCGCGCUCCCCACAGGAACAUCCAAGUGCCCUGCCUCCCAGCGCGUGCCCACCCUGUCGGGGACCACCGCCUCCAACAGUGACCUAGCCAGCCUGUUUGAGUGCCCCGUGUGUUUUGACUAUGUCCUGCCCCCCAUCCUUCAGUGCCAGUCGGGACACCUGGUAUGCUCCAACUGUCGGCCCAAGCUAACCUGCUGCCCUACCUGUCGAGGGCCGCUGGGCUCCAUCAGGAACCUGGCUAUGGAGAAGGUGGCCAACUCGGUACUCUUCCCAUGCAAAUACGCCUCGUCAGGCUGCGAAGUCACGCUGCCGCACACCGACAAGACGGAGCACGAAGAGCUUUGCGAGUUCCGACCGUACUCUUGCCCCUGCCCCGGCGCCUCCUGCAAGUGGCAGGGCUCCCUGGAUGCCGUCAUGCCUCACUUGAUGCACCAGCACAAGUCCAUUACCACACUGCAGGGGGAAGACAUUGUGUUCUUGGCCACAGACAUCAACCUUCCCGGCGCAGUGGACUGGGUGAUGAUGCAGUCGUGCUUCGGCUUCCACUUCAUGUUGGUGCUGGAGAAGCAGGAGAAAUAUGACGGCCACCAACAAUUCUUUGCCAUCGUGCAACUCAUUGGGACUCGCAAACAAGCGGAGAACUUUGCGUAUCGGUUGGAGCUCAACGGCCACCGGCGCCGCCUGACCUGGGAGGCCACGCCACGCUCCAUCCACGAGGGCAUCGCCACCGCCAUUAUGAACAGCGACUGUCUGGUGUUCGACACGUCCAUCGCGCAGCUCUUCGCCGAAAACGGCAACCUAGGCAUCAAUGUAACCAUCUCCAUGUGCUAAGAACUCACUGGAUAAGCCAAGGGGGUGAGGGGCGAGGGGCGUUUGCGCGCAUGUGUAUGUAUGUGUGUGUGAAACAACCACUUUCCGGAUGGGUUUGUCGGCCAUUUUGAAGGGGUUGAAUCAGCUCGACUUCAUCUCCGCCAGACUCCUUGAAGACACUAUGGAUGUGGAAUUGGACUGUCUUGUCGGGCAGCUGUGAGGAACCCGGGGCGGGUGGAUGAACAUGAGGGUAAAACUGUUGUCGAGAUGGCUGAAGCCUUAUAAACACGCAAAACAAACGUACAUCUGAGAGUCACACAUUUGUUGUCGUUCAGCAUCUUCUCUGUUCUUGUUUUAGUGUGCCCCCUCCUGACCCCCCCAGCCGCUCACCUCUAUCAUUCUACCCCCCCCCCCCCCACCCACACACACACACUACCUGUUAAAACGGGCCACCGGCUCCACGCUAGACAGUUGGCAAUCUAGUCUCAUAGGUACAGGCCCACCCUGUCCCUCGCGCACCUAUCGGCAUCAGGGACGGUUCUGUCGAGGGCUCCCAAGCCCCGUAACACAGGACAUCCUCCAGCCAGUCUCCCUCACACAGAUUCCUGACGACUGUGCAAGACACACCUUUCAUCACCUGAGUUCUUUAUUGAUGUUACAACACUCUCUUCUCAUCUGAAGAGAAGAUGAAGAAGAUUCACUCGGAGGGAUUUUUUCCAGCCCAAAAAUGACCUCUCAAUGGUUCACCCAAUAAGUGUGUUUGCCUGUGUGUGGAUGUCACAGAGAGACAAUAAGGUCACUCUUGUGUGUUUUUUGGCACAGCAUUUCAGUUCAAGUUUUCUUUGUUGGAUUUCUUCGGUCUAUUGGAGAGAGGUGAACUAAUUGGCCUGCUUAUCUCUACCAUCCCUUCUCAGUGACCAGGAUACUAUUCUUAUUACAUGGAGAUGAUCUUUAUUAUUGUUUGUCAAAUGACUUUCUACAACAGACAGACAGUUGUCAAACUUGUGGCUAAACAGUGUUUUUGUAGGUAAAAGCAAGUUGAAUUCUCUUGUUUCUCCUCCCUCCUCUGCCUGGUUGCAUUGUUUUUUUUUCCCUCCUUUAAUCUAUUUGUCCGUAUGUCCUCUUUUGGUAAGUCUUCUUUCUUCUUUGUUGUUAAACGAGAGCAUUCUACAUGUGGAAUCUCCGUCAUCUUGCUGCUCUCCCUCAACUGGACCCUCGCUUGACCUUUUCUGUUUUAACAUGUCAUUAAAUACAUUAAAUAAAUUUAUCUUUUUCAUA